GGUGCAGAUAAACAAUGCAAACGGUCCGUGAGUCAGACACCGACGCGGAGCUGCGGUUUGGGCACAGACUCGGUCCGUAGUUCAGUAAAAUGUCCAAAGCUGAGACUCUGAGACAGUUCGUCGCGCGGAGACUCGCCGCCGCCUCGCAGGAGAUCUUAGCGGCGGUGGACGGACUCGUCGCCGGGUACGAGGAGGAGGCUGCGGGCUACAGGGAGGAGAUCGGCCGGCAGAGGAGACAGCUGCAGCUCCUGCAGGCUCAGCUCACCUGCAGCGCGGCAGGUGUGAAGCGCAGCAGGAGCCUUGACUCUGUGGAGGAAGACGAGGACGAUGAAGACGAAGAGUCUGCUGAGCACCGAGACAAGCUGGAGGACUCGACCAAUCAAACUCCUUCAAGAUGUCGCUAUAAGAAGAGGAAACCUGGCAGACCUCAGAUCAGCAAUACUCAGAACCACGUAGACCUCAAGAUCCGCAUCCUGGAGGACUCUGAUAGCGACGUGCUCUCAAACUACGUUCUGCAGAAAAGUCCGCUGCUGAAGCUCAGGUGUCCUCGCGGCCUGCAGGAGACGGACUUCAUGGACUUUCUGAGGUCCUCCUUCCCUCAGCUGUCCGGAGGCGACAGACGCUUUGACCUCCUGACCUGCGACAAAAGACGGAGGUUACAGCCUCUGACGGCGCGGACGCUGACGGCGGAGGAGAUCCACGGAAACCUCGGCGGCGCGGGAUGGAGGUCGACGCUCUACAUCAGACUCAAGACACAAAAUGAACCUCAGGCCGGCGAGGAGGAGACUCGUCCUCUGCAGACGAAAGAGGACAUCACUGAUGACUCUCUGUCCACCGCUGCCGUGGUGACGAGUGACGAAACUGGUCCUCAAACAAGCUGCCUUGUUCAGCAGGUCGAAGGUCGCGGAGGAGACGUUGUGUCCAGCUGCUCAACAUCACAAAAAGACGUGGGAACAGAACAAGCUGAAGAUGAAGAUUUUGGGAUAUCAGAUCCAGCUGAGAGUAAAGGUAGUGAUGAUGUUGAGAAGGAAGAAGAAAGAGAAGAAGCGAACGACAGCGACGACGACUGGAAACCAGACAAGAGCGACGCAGAGCCGAAAGAAAGUGACUCUGAACUGCAGACGACAAAAAGGCAAAAAAACAAAAAACGUUCUGGCUUCAGAACCACUGAGUCAAAAACUGAAGACGGCGAUGACUCUUUCGCCUGUAAAGUCUGCAGAGUUUUGCACAAAUCAGAAGUCGCGCUUGUCAAACACGUCUGGAGUCACGUGGACGAUUCGGGAAGUCUGUGUGGAGCGUGCGGCGAGCUUUCAGAGUCCGUUGAGGCGUUAAAGGAUCAUUUUCAGAGUCGCCACAAAACUGAGGACUGCCAUAUUUGCGGCGAGUCUUUCCUCACUGUUCUCAGCCUCAAUGAGCACGUGGCGGCGCACUCAGGGGAGAAACCGUACGAAUGCGAUGUUUGCCACGACGCAUUUGCAUUGAAGGUGACCCUGGAGGAUCACCAGAAAUGCCACAAGACCGGUAAGAUGCACAAAUGCUACACUUGUCCUAAAGUGUUCGCCCUGAAGGAACAGCUGAAAGCUCACCGCAGGACUCACACCAACAAAAAGACGCACCUCUGCGGUGUGUGCGGAAAAUCUCUCAGUGACUACAGAUCCUUAUCCCGCCACAAGAUGACCCACUCUGGGGAAAGACCCCACAGCUGCGAGGUCUGCGGGAGGCGUUUCAAACUCCCGGGGACGCUGAGACAACACGAGAAGAUUCACACGGACAGAGAGCGGUCGUACCUCUGCGACGUCUGCUGCAAAAUGUUCCUCACCAGCAAGCAGCUGCAGAUCCACAUGAGGCGGCACACCAACGAGAAGCCGUACCACUGCGGCGAAUGCGGCCGGGGAUUCACCACCAAAGGACCGCUGACUAUUCACAUGCGGAUCCACACCGGAGAGACGCCGUACCGCUGCCCGGAGUGCGGCUGGGCUUUCAAACGCAAGACCAAUUUGGAUAACCAUGUGACGGUCCACUCCGGCCUCAAACCGUUCGUUUGUGGGGUUUGUGGGAAAGCAUGCGCACGUAAAUCGUAUUUGACCGUUCACAUGAGGACCCAUAACGGGGAGCGGCCGUUCAAGUGUUCGCUGUGUGACAAAGCCUUCACUCAGAGCCACUGUCUGAAGACACACAUGAAGAGCCACCUGGUGGCAGAAGCUGCAACGUGACGCUGACAAAAUGUGAAUUAUUGUUUUUUUGUAUUUCAUUUCAUUUCUCUUAAGUUAUGUAAAGGCUCCUGUAAACUGUGCAAAGUUCACCGCAUGCCAAGUUCACUGAGGCGGUCAGUGAAAUAAAAACCUGGUAAACUGUCGUGUUAUUAACUGCAGCGAAUAUCCUUGACCAUUACGCAUGUCUGGCCAAAUCUGGCCCCUGAUAUGGUGUCAGGUGGCCCCCCAACCAUUUUCUAAUCAAAACAAAGUGAUUCACAAAGGGAAUUGUGUUCGUACUGUUAAUAUCCAGAGACAUAAAACAGCAUCAAAAUAGAGCUUGUUGAUCAAAAAAAGUGCCAGUGGAGGAUCCCCC